AUGCUUGAUUUAUCGAGUUUUUGACCCCCCGAACUAUGGAUGAAACCAUGGCUCGGCUGUUUUCAGUUCUUAAGUGUGGGGGUGUAAUUGACCCUUUCUUUGGCUCUUUUGGUUCCACUUUGGGUUGUUCUUUUGCAGGAAAAUGUCGAAACCUGACCUCAAGCACCCGUUCAUCCGGGAUUUGAAGAGGGGGCCCGCCCAGGAUCGCUUCAAGCAGGUCCUGAAAUGCCCGUUUGGGCAGCACCAUUGCUGGUCCAAACGGGAGUUUCGGGAAUUGCACUGCUACGAGCAACUCUCCGCCGCCGUCACCAACCACCCAUGGCGCCGUCUGCUCUCCAUCUGCGAGAAGGUUUACUAUGAGCCCGUGCUUGAGUUCUACACGACCUUCAAGCACACACCCACGGACGAUUGGAGAGACGGUGCAGCCGUCAAAUUCAGGCUAGGCGGUGCCCCACGGUCCAUGAGCUACCACGAGCUGGCCGAGGCUCUCGACCUCGACGACGGUGCGGACUACGUCACCGAGGUCAACGACCCGCCGGAGGUGGACUUUAGGAGGCUGUACACCCGCCUGGCUCGGCCAGGCCAGACACGUCCCUUCUCGGCCGGGAGGACAAAGGCCACUACACUGCAGCUCGACAACCGCCUUCUCCACCACCUACUGGCGAAGUCUUAUACUCCAGCUUCAGACAGUGCCAGUGCCAUCACCAAGAGGGCCCUGUACCUCAUCCAGUCGAUCCGCCAGCACGACCAUCCCCUCCACUUGGGUUCGGUGGUGGCCAGGACCUUCGAGAAGACUGCUUCGGAACUGAAUAGUCUCCACUGCACCCCCCUCAUCACCCGCCUGGCCACCUACUUCGGCCUUUCCCUGCAAGGGGUGCACACAGCAGGGGGACACCAUCGUUUUUGGCAGGUCGACGCUCAGUCACAUGCACCUGCUGCGAGAGAACCGCGGCAUUCUAUGGAUCGAGGGGUUUCCGGAACCUCAGAUCCCCGCGGAGGACUAGCAGGAGGACUAGCCAGAGGGCCAGGAGGAUGAGGUUGCUGAUCAUGUGGAGCCCGAGGAUGUGGACGCUGCUAUUGAUCCACCACAGACUCACUUCCAUUACGGAGGUGGCAGCUCCGCUUUCCCGGGGCAGGAUUACUUCACCUCCCAGUUCGAGCAGCUGCGUCUCCAGAACCAGCAGAUCCUCGACCAUCAGAUGCAGUUCUAGCAGCAGUACGCGGCUCACCAGGCCGAGUACCACCAGAGGAUGGUUGUUUACGAUGAGAGAUUGGACUAGAUCCAGACCCAGCAGGGAGUGACUCUCGCACACAUCGAGCGAGAGAAGCGCCGUUCACGGCGCAUAUAGGAGGUCCAGCAGCAUUUACUUCGGCUGCUACCGGGCGAGCAGCCCGUUUGGAGGACUCCCUGGGAGGACUCUCCACUUCCACCUCCCCCAGCGGAUGGUGCUGAUGGUGAUGACGCCUUCAUGGACGACAUCGACUUUGGUGAUCUUGGUGACGAGUAGGCUGUACUCGUUGCCCAUCUCAGUGUGUUUUGUUUUCCGUAUUAGACUUUUGUGUGUUUGCUCCAUGUGUGAGGAGCUUGAACUUAGUGUCGUUUGUUUUUGUUUUUGUUUUUGUUUUUCUUUUGUGGAUUGUUUUUGCUGUAGCCGUCUGGGCUAACACUUAUCCCUAACACAACGUGUGCUAGUGUGUUCUUGGUGUUCGAUUCGUGCAGAACUGUCCAUCUUCCCGUUUGUUUCUCGCUGACUGGUCCACUUCCAGUCCCCAACCAGUUUCAAUCCGGUAACAUUGUUCCCCUUAUCUCUCUCUCUACUCCAUUGAGGGCAAUGUCGUGCUUAAGUGUGGGGGGGUGCUUUGUAUCGGUUGGAAUAUAUAUUUGGGUGCUUGGAGCCUAGUCCGCUGUCCGAAUCUUAUGAUUUGAGGGCUCCAAGUACUGCUGUUUGAUCAUAUUGGCACUGUGUUUUGAUUGGUGAAUUGAAUGGUUUUCGGAUUGAUGCAUGACAGCUUGAUUGUGACUAGGACAACCUUUGAUGAGGACUGAGACGUGCAGUAGAAUUGUGUAGGGGUUCAGUUUUUCAACUGUUUGCUUACCAACUGUGACUUGGAUUGAUUACUUGUUCUUGACAGUCGUUUAUGCAUCUAGUUCAGGGUAUCAGAAUGUGAGAUAGAGCAUAUAGGUAGCCAUGUGAGAUUUGAGCCUGCUCGUUUCUUUCUUGUGCGAUAGAUCCCUCUUCCAUGAUGUGUAGCAUUCACGUUGUCACUAGCUAAGAUGAUGGGGGCAUAGGAUUAGCCCACGACCAAAUUUGACUGUCCUGAUGUGUCAUAUCCCCUGGUCAGCCCUUUUGAGCCGUGUGUUAUCCUUUCUUUUGGUUUGAAAUGAAAAAAAAAUCACCCUUUUGCAUCUUUUAGAAGGUUCCACAGAGUGGUUUUUACAUAUUCUCUGCUGUUUUUGCUAAAUUUGAUGUGAGUGUUGGAGGUAGUGCUUAAAAGUUGGGCUGGGCAUGUGUUUGAAAUAUGUGCAGAAGUGGUGGCUCUCUUAAGAAAUGAAAAGAAAAUGAAAGAAAAAAACAAAGAAAAAUUGAAAGCAAAGAGAGCCACUACCAAAAAUCUGAAUAAUGCCCAGUAAGUAGUGUUUCUUAGCAGUCUGGCUUGGAAAUGCUGACAUUUAUACCUCCUUCGCUCUUGUGCUCUUGAGAUAUUGAGUAAUGCAGAAUAGCAGAAAGGAAAUACCGGUUUGUUUGACUGUGAUUGUGUGGGUUUGGAAAUGUGGAACCUUGUGCUAUGAAUACUUCCACCACCUAAAAGGCUUUUUCCCCAUGUCCAAGACCCUAGCCAGUCAUUUGAACCUGUGUCUAAGACCUCCUGAUUAGUUAGUGGUGACACCCCUUAUGUGAACUCUAGCAUUUAGAGGCUGCCAUCAUGGUGAAGAGAUGCUAGGGAUUGAGAGAAAUAACAUGCGCAUUUUUCG